AUGGCUAGCUUGGCUCUAGUUAUCAAAUGCUUACCGGAAAUAAGCUUAGAGAAGCUGAAAGAGCUGAUAAAGAAUUACCUCUCAGUUUUGAAAUCCAGUUCUUCUAGCCUAGAUGUUAUUGUCACAGACAGAAUAACGGACUCUGAGCGCCUUGACCAUGUGUUGGGGAACCUAUAUAGCAGCUUAAGAGAGGUUUUAAUGACGGAAAACCUGUAUGAAACUCCUAUCAAUGUUCUGUUCAAUCAAAAUGAGCGCUGGCUUAAAAAUCAUAUAUGGGAUGUGUUACUAGUGAGUGCUGAUGUGUCAACCGUUGACGCAUACAGCUAUAAAAGAAUGAAAAGCGUGGACUUAAGUGGACUAACUGCUGUCAUAAAUGAGGAAGCUGUGUCGACCAAAGAAAACGAAGACGCCGACUUGUAUUCUGUAAGCGCACUUGGGGGAACUUUCGAUCAUCUGCACGACGGUCACAAGAUUCUUUUGAGUAUUGCUGCGUUCCUAACGUCUCAGAGGCUAAUUGUCGGCGUAGCCGACCAGGAGCUCUUAAAGAAUAAAAAGUUCGCGCAAUAUUUGGAGUCGUUUGAAUUUCGCGCCCAAAAGGUCAAAGAGUUCGUUGCAAGAGUCAAGCCAUCACUGCAGUUGGAAAUUGUUGCAUUGCGCGAUGUUUGCGGGCCAACUGGCGCAGUGCCAGAAAUUCAAAGUCUUAUUGUGAGCCGAGAAACAGAGGCAGGCGGAAAAACUGUGAAUUUAGUGCGUAAGGAAAAAGGGCUCUCUGCUCUUGUCAUCCAUGUUGUUAAUGUACUGGGAGGUCGGGAAGAAGAUAAUUGGAAAGAAAAACUCAGCAGUACAGAAUUGCGCAAGCGUAAAACUAUCGGAUCCUAG